AGAGCGCUCAAUGUCGGAACGUUCCGAAGAUGACGUCGGAGCGUUCUCGAAUCCCGUGUCUCUCGGCUGCUGCUGCCGAAGGAACAGGGAAAAAGCAACAAGAAGGAAGAGCAAUGGCGACACUGGAUCGCAAAGUGCCCAGUCCGGAGGCGUUUCUGGGCAAACCCUGGUCCUCCUGGAUCGACGCCGCCAAAUUACACUGCUCCGACAAUGUAGAUUUAGAAGAGGCUGGAAAAGAGGGUGGAAAAAGCAGGGAGGUUAUGAGGCUUAAUAAAGAAGAUAUGCACUUAUUUGGCCACUACCCAGCACAUGACGACUUCUGUCUCGUCGUGUGCAGUGCCUGUAAUCAGGUCGUCAAGCCCCAGGUCUUCCAGUCGCACUGCGAGAGAAGACACGGUUCAAUGUGUAGACCUUCUCCCUCUCCGGCGCCUCCUCCCUCCCAUUCCAGGACAUCACUAGUACAGGCGAAAACAAAAGCCUGUCUCAGCGGCCAUAACUCUGCCAGCAGCACCUCAAAGCCAUUCAAAACGCCCAAAGACAAUCUUCUUACCUCCAGCAGCAGGCAGCACACAGUCUUUUCUGCGAAAGGAUCCAGGGAUAAACCAUGCGUUCCGGUUCCUGUAGUCAGUUUAGAGAAAAUUCCUAACCUAAUGAAGGCAGAUGGUGCCAAUGUCAAAAUGAACUCUGCAACCACUACUGCAGUCACCGCCUGCUCCAUCUCAUCCUCUGCUGUCUCCACCCCACCUUUAAUUAAGCCGGUCUUGAUGUCCAAAUCAGUGCCACCUUCCCCAGAGAAGAUCUUGAAUGGCAAAGGAAUUCUGUCCACCACAAUAGACAAGAAACACCAAAAUGGCACCAAAACCAAUAACAAGCCUUACCGGAGACUGUCAGAGAGAGAAUUUGACCCAAAUAAACACUGUGGAGUAUUGGAUCCCGAGACAAAGAAACCUUGCACAAGAUCCCUCACCUGCAAGACACAUUCACUGAGCCAUCGGAGGGCAGUCCCAGGCCGGAAAAAGCAAUUUGACCUCCUUCUGGCGGAGCACAAAGCCAAGUCCCGGGAAAAAGAAAUUAAAGAUAAGGAGCAUCUCCUGACUUCCUCAAGGGAAGUACUUCCAAACCUGCCUGGGCCGGCGGCACAGGACUGUCUGCCAGGAUCUUCAGGGAGCUCUGGGCCAGAACCUAAAGUCGCGUCCCCUGCAAAAUCCAGGCCACCUAACUCUGUGCUUCCUAGACCGUCAUCUGCAAACAGCAUAAGCAGCACCACGUCUUCCGGUCACAGUGGCCACACUCCGGAGCCCCCUCUACCCCCAGUGGCCGGGGACCUUGCCAGCCGACUGUCCAGUGAUGAAGGGGAGAUGGACGGAGCUGACGAAUCUGAGAAGUUGGACUGUCACUUCUCCACCCACCACCCCAAGCCUCUCGCGUUUUGCUCAUUCGGGAGUCGCCUCAUGGGACGAGGGUACUAUGUGUUUGAUAGAAGAUGGGAUCGUUUUCGAUUGGCAGUAAACUCCAUGGUAGAAAAACACUUGAAUUCACAGAUGUGGAAGAAGAUCCCUCCUGCGGCAGAUAGCCCCAUGCCCUCGCCAGCAGCCCACAUCACCACCCCCGUUCCAGCAUCCGUUUUACAGCCUUUCAGCAACCCCAGUGCUGUGUACCUUCCUUCAGCUCCCAUCAGCUCGAGACUCACCUCUUCUUACAUAAUGACAUCAGCCAUGCUCUCAAACGCAGCUUUUGUGACAUCGCCGGACCCGAGCGCCCUCAUGUCACACACCACAGCUUUCCCUCAUGUGGCUGCAACCCUCAGCAUCAUGGACUCAACCUUCAAGGCCCCCUCCGCCGUGUCCCCGAUACCAGCCGUCAUCCCUUCCCCAUCCCACAAGCCAUCCAAAACCAAAACCAGCAAAUCCUCAAAAGUCAAAGACCUGUCCUCCCAUAGCGACGAGUCUCCAAGUAACAAAAAGAGGAAGCCACAGUCUUCGACUUCCUCCUCCUCCGCCUCAUUAUCCUUGCAGACAUCCCUCUCGUCUCCAUUAGCAGGGCCCCACAAAAAGAACUGCGUUUUGAAUGCCAGUUCAGCUUUGAACUCGUAUCAGGCGGCCACCCCCUAUAACAGUCUGUCUGUGCACAACUCCAACAGUGGGGUGAGCCCACUCAGUGCCAAACUGGAGCCCUCAGGACGGACCUCGCUGCCCGGCGGCCCCGCGGACAUAGUGAGACACAUGGGCUCGGUGGGCGGCAGCAGUGACUCCUGUCCCCUCUCUGUGCCCUCCCUUGCAGGGGACCUCUCUCUGGCCUCUCACAAUGCCGUGUCUUCUCUGCCCCUCUCUUUUGACAAAUCAGAAGGAAAAAAGCGUAAGAACUCGAGUUCUAGUAGCAAAGCCUGUAAAAUCACUAAAAUGCCUGGUAUGAAUAGCGUUCACAAAAAGAACCUGCCCAGCCUUCUUGCACCGGUGCCCGAUCCCGUUAACAGCACCUCCUCUCGGCAGGUUGGGAAAAAUAGCAGCCUAGCUUUGUCACAGUCCAGUCCUUCAAGCAUGUCCAGCCCAGGACACAGCCGACAGGUAACCAUAAAAAAAAGCGACUUGGAUAACGUGUAUGCCUUCUUUUGUAUUAAUGUACCAAUUGUAAAUAAUGCUGAUCAACCUUUGUAGAGAAUAGUUUAUACAGCAUAUUCUAUUAUUGCUGAUUCUCAGUGAACUCUUGUUUUAAAAAAGGAAAAAAAGAAAUUUUCUAUUUACACCUUAUAUUUUGUUAUGCUGUCAGCCCAUGGCACUUUAACAAAACUCUGUGGGUUUUACGUAGCUGGUCAGUCAUGGGGUAUAUUAAAUAACUGUUGCACAGACAAGAAUUUGCACCUGCUCAUUUGUCCUUUCCUACUACCAAUUUUAGAACCUUUUCCAGAAGAAUUUUGAAAAAAGCAUGUCCAAACAUUCUAAACAAAUGCCUCACUUGUGGAGUGGGUUUCUUUUCUACAAUCCAUAUUUUGUAACACUAAGUAUUUUCCUCCUUUGUCCCGCACCUUGAUGUAUUAGCACUAUCAGAGAGAGUUCAUUCCAUGCCUGUGAUAUUGCGAGCAGAAUAAAUGUCUAAAGUAGGUGUAAAUAGUAAAUUCUAUGGCUUACAGUUUUAAAAAGGAAAGAACAAACAUGUAUCUAUUGAUACUGCCGUGGUUCAGUACCAGGCCUGGAGACAUUCUCCAGCGAGCGAUUGUAAUUUUUUUUUUUGCUUUUUUUUUUUUUUUUGUAACAUGGCUUUGUAAAUAAAAUAAUUUAUAUGUUUGUAAAACAGUCUUUGGGUUUUCAUAAAAUUGAAUUUUUUUUUGCUCCUUUUUUUCUUUUGAACAAAAGCAUUCUCACCAGACAAGACUUCCUGUUAGAACACAUUUGAGAAAUUGAAGAGAGUGAAUUUAUUCAACAAAUAUUUAUGGAGCACCCUGUCUGUGGCUGCCCCUGAGCUAGGUGCUCUGUGCUCAGUGAUGAGAACAGAGUCCCAGAUCCUUUCUGGAAGCAACCCAGUGGGGGAGGCAGUAAAUAAACACACAAUCAAAUGUGUAAUUACAGAUUAUGGCAAAUGGUAUGGUGGAAAGAACUGAUCUCUAUGAAAGAGAAAAUUACAGGAGAAACCAAAGUAAAAUGGAUGAAGUGGUACUAUUUGGGAGUUCCUCUGAGGAAGUGAGCUGAAGACACACAGUGGCGGGGACAGAAUGCCAGGCAGAGAUGUUCCGAGGUAGGAAAAGCUUGGUAAAUUCUUGGCAUCUAAUGAAGAUCCACUGUAGACAGACCAAGAGGAAAGAGAUGGACAGAAGGCAGGGAUAGGUCACAAAGGGCCUCGUAGAGUUUGGAUUUUGUGUUCCAUUCAGUGGGAAUCCUUUGAAAGGCUUUAAGCAGGGGAAUGACCUGAGCUAAUCUGUAAAAGGAUCACUCCAGCUGCUGUGUACAGAAUCAACUGGAAGCUAUUGCAAGAGGCCAGGUGAAACACAAUGUUUGUGUGGUCCCAAGAUGUUGACAGUGGAUGUAAAGAAAUGAAUGGAUUCAAGACAUUAAGUUGACAAGACUUGUUUAGGAAUUGAAGGUGAGAGUUAGGGGAAGAAUAGAUCCCAAGGUUCUGGUAGAGCAAUCAUGUGGGUGGAGAUGACAUUUCUUCAGCUGUGGAAAACCAAGAGGAAGACAAGGGCUUUUUGGAGCCGUGCAGGAGGGGUGUUUCAUGCAGAGCAGAAGUUUGGAUUUGUGCAUGUACAUUUGCUCGUGUACAGAUUACUGUGAUGCACAUGCUGCUAUGGCAAGAAGGCAGGUAUACACAUGACCAACAGUGGGUCUAUGCUGCAGGCAUCAAUUUGGGCAUUUUUAGUAUAUGAUGAUAUUUAGAGCCACAGGUAUGGAUGUGUUUACUUGAGAGUGUGUAGGGGAAAAGAGCAGAUGCUUAAAGGUUAGGUAGAAGCAGAAAGCUAGCAAAGAACUCUGAGCAUUCACAAAGGGCAGAGAGAACCCAAUGAAAAGUAGUUUGCUGCAAGCCAGGACUGUAAGAUGUUUCAAGGAAGGAACGGUCAACUGAGUCAAAUAUCACUGCAAAAUGGAAAAUAAGAUGGUCUCCUCUGGGGCUUUGCAGCAUGGAGAUCCUCGGUAACUACUAGUUUCCUAGGGCUGCCAUAACAGAUCACCACAACUCGGCUUCAAACGAAAUAUGGGCAGACUUCAGAGGUACUGCAGGCUCCUUUC